GUCGAUGAGGAAAAAGUGACAGCACGUGAUAAGCAAAUCUCAAUUGCGGUGAGCAAAAAUUUCCCAGGAACAAGUGCGUUGAAAACCGGCAGUGAUGUAAAAUUUUGGCUGGAAGGUUUGAUCAAGGAGCUCGUGAAGCGUUUAGCUGACGAUCAAAUUAAAAACAAUCGGACUGCUUCAUCGCUUCAUAUUGGAUGCACAACGGAUGCACAUAUUGCACGUAGUUUACCAAUGAAUACGUAUGAUCCAAAAGGAUUGUUCACUUCAGUCUGGGCAGCUUUUCGCCUUCUCAACAAAUCGUCGACAUCGUCAGAAACGUGGUAA